GCCGCGAGUUUACCAGGUAGCGCCUCAUAGUAACUUCCGGCGGCCGAGUGUGCUGUGGCGGGAAGUGCAGAAGCUGAGGUACCGCCUGACACGUGACACAAUGGCCGAUACACUGGAGUUUAAUGACAUUUACCAGGAGGUGAAGGGUUCGUGGAACGAUGGCCGCCUCCGCUUAUCCAAGGCCGGGCUGAUGUACAAGAACAGUAAGACGGGGAAGGUGGAGAACAUCGCGUCCACUGAUGUGUCGGAGGGCGUGUGGCGCCGUGUGGCCCUUGGAUACGGCAUCAAACUUCUGACAAGUGGAGGUCUUGUGUAUAAAUAUGACGGUUUCAGGGAGACGGAAUUCGAGAAGAUUUCUGACUUCUUCAAGACGCAUUUCCACGUGGAUCUGGUGGAGAAGGACAUGUGUGUGAAGGGCUGGAACUGGGGCAACGCCAGGUUCGGGGGGCAGCUCCUCUCGUUCGAUAUCGGGGAGCAGCCGGUGUUCGAGCUCCCGCUCAGUAACGUCUCUCAGUGCACGACCGGCAAGAACGAGGUGACCCUGGAGUUCCACCAGAACGAUGAUUCAGAGGUUUCUCUCAUGGAGAUUCGCUUCUAUGUCCCCCCCACACAAGAGGACGGCGGGGACCCUGUAGAGGCUUUUGCUAAGAACAUUCUCUCUAAGGCGGACGUCAUCCAGGCCACAGGGGACGCGGUCUGUAUAUUCCGGGAGCUGCAGUGCCUCACUCCCCGCGGUCGCUAUGACAUCCGUAUCUAUCCCUCCUUCCUGCACCUGCACGGUAAAACCUUUGACUAUAAGAUCCCGUACACCACCGUGCUCCGCCUCUUCCUGCUGCCGCACAAGGAUCAGCGCCAGAUGUUCUUUGUGAUCAGUUUGGAUCCUCCCAUCAAGCAGGGACAGACGCGCUACCACUUCCUUAUCCUGCUCUUCUCCAAGGAGGAGGAGAUCACCCUGACCCUCAACAUGAGCGAAGAAGAAGUGGAGAAGCGAUUUGAAGGGAAGCUGAAGAAGAACAUGUCGGGGUGUCUGUACGAGAUGGUGAGCCGCGUCAUGAAGGCGCUCGUGAACCGCAAGAUCACCGUGCCCGGAAACUUCCAAGGGCACUCGGGCGCCCAGUGUAUCACCUGCUCCUACAAGGCGAGCUCCGGCCUGCUGUAUCCCCUGGAGCGCGGCUUCAUCUACGUGCACAAGCCGCCCGUCCACGUCCGCUUCGAUGAGGUGAAUUGCGUGAACUUCGCCCGUGGCACCACCACCACCCGCUCCUUCGACUUCGAAAUCGAGACCAAGCAGGGAUCUCAGUACACGUUCAGCAACAUCGAGAGGGAAGAAUAUGGGAAACUAUUUGACUUUGUCAAUGCGAAGAAACUGAAUAUCAAAAACCGCGGCCUGAAAGAGGGUGUGAAGCAGGCGUAUGAUGAUUAUGCCGAUUCCGAUGAUGAUCAGCAACAUGACGCUUAUCUGGAGAGGAUGAAGGAAGAAGGGAAGAUUCGGGAGAAUGCCGACAGCGAUGACUCUGGAGAUGAGACCGACGAGUCGUUUAAUCCCGGAGAGGAGGAGGAUGAAGUUGCAGAAGAAUUUGACAGUAAUCCUUCCGCCAGUUCAUCCAGUGCAGGAAGUGACGAAGACGAAGGAGAGAAGAAGAAGAAGAAAGCCAAGAAACCCAAAAUUGUUAAAGAGAGGAAACCGAGGAAAAAAGCAGAGGGUAAAAAAGUCAAAGACCCAGCGGCCCCCAAGCGUCCAAUGUCUGCGUACAUGUUGUGGCUAAACGCCAGUCGUGAGAAGAUAAAGAGCGAAAAUCCCGGUAUCAGCAUCACUGACCUGUCGAAAAAAGCCGGAGAGAUAUGGAAAAGCAUGGGCAAGGACAAGAAAGAGGAAUGGGACCGGAAGGCAGAAGAAGCCAAGCGGGAUUACGAGAAAGCCAUGAAAGAAUACAACGAGAACGCCGCCCCGUCAGACACACCCAAAAAGGAUAAAAAGUCAAAACCGGAGAAGAAGACGGCAGCAAAGUCCGAGAAGAGGAAAUCGGUGAAAGCCGCGUCUCCUGCGAAAAGUCCGGUGAAGGCCAACACGGUGAAGAGCAAGGAAUUCGUGUCCAGUGACGAGAGCUCCUCCGAUGAGAGCGCCCCUAAAAAGGGAUCAGAUGAUGAAGAGAUGGCAAGUACCCCCCCAAGCUCCGGCUCGGGGUCUGACUGAUCCCCUCUCCUCUCAUGAAUAGAUUGCGCGUCCGGAUCGGUGUUUGGUUGAAGAGUCCUGGGACCAUGUUACAUCAAUUCUCCCCAUACUGACUCCUUAAUAUUUGUCUUUUGGCCCCAGGGCUGUGUACAUAUUCGGGGAGCCUCGAGGCGUCGCGCACGUUCCCUGUGUCGUCGUCACCUCAGCUGGAAAGAUCAGAUUUCUGCCGUUUUUUUUUUCCUUUAGUUUGUAAUAAAAUAUUUUCAGGCGUUUCCUUCCUG